AUGGCCACAAAUUCAAAUGCGUUAAAAAAAAUUCCUCAAUUUGAAAGAUUUAUCAAUGACGUUUUGAAAAAUGAUCUCAAAAAAUUCGAAGAAAAACUGGACGCUAAAAAUACUGAUCUUGCUGAAUUUAUUCAACUGAAAAGUCUUAUUACAACAUUAAAAAAUAAUGAGUUUAAUGAAUCUGGAUUCAAAACAAAAGUUGAUUUAGGAAAUAAUUUUUUCGUCCAAGCUCGUGUUGAUGAUGCUUCGAAAAUAUUUAUUGACGUUGGCCUGGGAUAUUACGUCGAAUUCAGUCUAGAUGAAGCCCUUUUGCUCAUUAAUGUGAGAAUAAAACUGCUAGAGUUGCAGAUAAACAACUUGCGUAAAGAAAUUGCGAAAACGAACGCGCAUAUUAAAUUAUUGUUAAUUGGUAUUAGAAAUUUACAAGGGUUAAAAUAG